AUUCUACAGACUGUCCGGGAAUUUAUUCUAUUUUCAAGGGUGAUCUUUCCAGAUGCUGCCGAUAAAGAUAACAGGUGUAUAGGAUGCAGCUGUAGCCUACUUAUAGCUAGUUCUGACCGACACUACAUUGCGUUUUUAAACUUCUGCCAGAGAAUACCAGAAACCAUGGCAUUGGGAUUAGCAUCUGUCACGUCGAAACAGGUGUUUGUUUGGUUGGUGACAGUCAUCUGUGGAGCGUAUCACCUGGGCUCAGUCACAGGCUGCGGGGCCGCGUACGAACAGGCCAUCGACUACUUCUGCCUGGCCAAGUUCAGACUGGACAUGCAGGCCCUGGACCAACACCGCUGGUGCAGCUGGAAGGACACCAUCGAGUUGUAUGGAGAGUUGACUAACUGCACCUACAUAGUGGCACUGAAGAUGGACUGCUUCUGGCCCAACAGGCAGGUGGACAUUUUUUUCAUCCAAGUCCACCAGGUCUACUUCCAGAACUGUUCCCCGACAGGCCGGCAGCUGCAGGACCCCCCGAACUCCAUCCUAGGACCCUUCAUCCUGGUUCCGGUUCUGGUCACACUGCUCAUGACUGCCCUGGUGGUGUGGAGGAGUAAACGCAGCGAGGGAAUCGUGUAGGUCAGGGCUUUCCAAAUUCAGGGCAACGGCCUUCUGUGCUGGGUUUGUGCUUCUAGCCAGUGUCACGGUCAGUUAAGAUUCAUGAGAACAUGAGUGCUUCCAUAUCAUUGUAUUUUCAACAGAAUGUAGGUUUGACUCAUUGCCAUGUGGUUUAAUUUUUAAAUCUUCAGUCUCCUCGUGUAUCUGUUUGGAGACAGUGACCUGGUCUUCAUGCUUUUAGCAUUUAGUGCACAAUUGCAAACCUUAAAAGAAUAUGGGAUAUUCCUUCUUAACUGCAUGUAAAGAUUUUUCUUGCUUACUGUGUCAUUAGAGAGCAAGUUAUUGUAAGUGCCAACUACUAUCUUGUUAGUCAUAAAAUUCUUUGAUUUAGGUCAGACUGAGAACCAGCAUAUAUGUGAGGCCACAGGAUAGAGUUUGGAGCCUUCAGGGGCCUUACCUAACAGUUCGGGCCUCUCGGCUUGCAGCGUGCAGACUUACAGUGGAAAAAAGUGAUAUUGCAGUAUCCUGUCUACAGGUACUUGAAAUCACAGGAUUCAAAUGCAACUUCAUUAAAAGUAGCAUUGUCAUGUUAUUAAUGAAUUACACUACAAAGUAUAAGCUGGGAAGUGUAAGAAAGCUGGUGAGAGAAACUGCAUGAAUAUCAUGAUUGCAUGCUAUGUUUUACCACAUGAAUAAGCACAUGCCCAUAGAUAAGCAUUAACCCCUUGAAGUCCCUGCCUCCCUUAUACAGUACUGUGCAGAAGUC